UUUUCAUCUUGUCAUUACGAAUAUUGUAAAACCAGUGAUUUUGCGUGAGUAGUGAAAGUAGCCAAACAUCGACGCUAUGCCUUAAACAUAAGAGUGAAUUCGAUUUAACUUUAUGGCGUUGUGAUUAAAAGAGUUAUUGAAGACUGAUGCCUAUUUCGAUCGUUUAAAUGGCGUUAUGAAUAUCACUAGUUUUUGUUGUAGUGGAAAACGAGUGAUCACUGUUCGAGCUCGUAACUGCAUAUAUAACCAGUUAUGGUUAAUAACGCCCAUCGCUAAAUUGAAAUAUUGCGAGGAUUGUGAGCGUGCGAUUAUAACCUCAUGUUAUUAUUUACGAAGAAAAUUUUGUGUUAGUGGAAUGUUGUAACAAGAUUAAAUAUUUGCAAAAAUGCAGGUGUCUGAAGUAGAUAACGUUAAAAUUUAUAACCUUAGUGCGGGAAAAUCUUUACCUGAUUGGUUAUCAGAACGGAAAAAACGGGCAAUAUUAAAGAAAAAUGUUGAUUUACGAAGAAGAAUUGAACUCGUCCAGGAGUUUGACAUGCCAGGCGUCAGUACUAGCCUACGCGUGUCUAAGGAUGGGCAGUACAUCAUGGCUACAGGAAUUUACAAACCUAGGGUCAAAUGUUUCGAUGUUAACAACUUAUCUCUGAAGUUUGAAAGAUGCUUAGAUUCUGAAGUUGUUACAUUUGAAAUAUUGAGUGAUGAUUAUACAAAGAUGGUAUUUUUACAAUGUGAUCGUUAUGUAGAAUUCCACGUUGGUCACGGAAGACAUUACCGUUUGAGGGUGCCUCGGUUCGGAAGAGAUAUAGCAUAUCACAAGCCAUCAUGUGAUCUUUUUGUUGUUGGAGCUUCAUCAGAAGUUUACAGAUUAAAUUUAGAACUGGGUCAGUUUUUAGCACCUUAUGUGACGAAAGCUUCUGAAAUAAAUUGCUGCAGCGUGAGUGAAGACCACGGGCUACUAAUACUAGGCACAGAGGGUGGACAUGUGGAGGCUUGGGACCCUAGAACUAAAUCCAGACAGGGCAUUCUGGACUGUGCCCUGCAUUGCACAGAGUCUGAAUACAAAAAUGAUAGUCUUCCUGCAAUAACCACCCUAAAGUUCGAUGGGCCUCUUAGAAUGGGGGUUGGCACAUCUACAGGACACAUCCUACUGUAUGAUAUUAGAUCAAGUAAGCCAUUGUUAGUCAAAGAUCACAUGAAUGAGGUCCCAAUCAGGAAGUUAGAGUUCCAUAAACAAAUGGACUAUGUUUACUCCAUGGAUGCCAGUGUAGUCAAGAUAUGGAAUAAAAAUACUGGAAAGCAAUACACCAGUAUAGAGUCAUCAGUGGAUUUCAAUGACUUGUGUGUCAUUCCAAAUACGGGAUUGACUAUGAUGGCUGUUGAAGACCAGAAGAUGCAAAUAUAUUACAUUCCAUCAUUGGGUCCUGCUCCGAGAUGGUGCGCGUUCUUAGACAACCUUACUGAAGAAUUGGAGAGUUCAGCUUCUAUGACAGUAUAUGAUGACUACAAGUUUAUAACGAAACAAGAACUGGAGUCGCUUGGUUUGGAUCACUUACUGGGUACAAACCUGUUACGAGCAUAUAUGCAUGGAUACUUCGUAGACGUACGGUUGUAUAAGCGCGCCAAAUCCAUAGCGGAUCCAUUUGCUUUCGAUGAGUAUAAGAAGCGGAAAAUACGAGAAAAGAUUGAACUGGAAAGACCUUCGAGACUUAGAGUGGAUGAUAAUUUGCCUAAAGUCAAUCGCGACCUUGCUUCCAAGCUCAUGGAUGAUGGAGGCAAGAAGAAGAAGGAAUCUGCUAAUCUUCUCAAAGAUGAUCGGUUUAAGGCUCUAUUUGAAAACCCUGACUUUGAAGUGGACAAAUCAGCUGAAGAAUACCGCCUACUCAAUCCGGUUCUAUCCAGGCUGGAUAAAAGCAAAAUCAAAGCUCGGAAAGAAGCAGAACCAGAAACCAUGGAGAUUGAAGAAGCGGAAGAAAAGGAUUCUGAUGCGGAGCUGUAUGCCUCGAGUGUAGAUGAGAGCUCGGACGAAGACCGUUCCUGGGUGAAAGAAGUCAAGAAACAACAUAAGAUGAUCCGACACAAGAAGCAAGACGUGGAAGAACAGGAAUCAGAUAACCAUGAACAAGUUUACGAAUUCAGUAAAGCGCCAAAAUCAAACAAUAUCAAGAGCAUAACGAAAGUAAGCAAGGCCAGUUUAGGGGAUCGUUUGCAAAAAGAAGGAUUCAGUACUACGGUAACUGGUACAGGAGGCAAUAGGGAAAUGAAAUUCUAUAUGAAAGGGAAGAAGUCGGAAUCAGACAGUCGCAAGAAGAUGCAAAAACAUUACCAAGAGAGGAAACAGAUCGUUAGAAGAACAGGAUUUUUGUCCAAGAAGAGACUUCCUAAGAUGUAGCCUAGUUUAAUUUAUAAUUUAAAAAUAUUUUUAUUCGUGAAAUAAGAACAUAGUGUACAUGUAUAAGCUUUCGUUUAAAAAAUACAUGCAGACGAAAAAAACA